UGUGUGGGGGGGGUGGUUUUGUUUAGAGGUGAGGGUGCUGCUGUGUGUGAAGCAGUGCGCAGGUUUAGCCUGCUGUCUCCUGUUGCUUAUUUUUUUUGUUUUACUUUUCCUUGCGUGUUUUAGCUCAGGGCUGUGCUUUGCUCGCCUUCAAGAGGAAGAAAAAUAAAGCCACGCAGAAAAGCAAUCUUAUGCAAUGCAAAAAUCGGCUCUAAGGGCUGCGGCGUCAGUGAAUACGGAGUAACCAGUAAAGCGUUGGCUCUUAAAGCACAGUGCAGUCAUGAAAAGGAGUUCAGCUGAUGCUCCAACCCGCAGCACAGCAGGUUGUUUGCCUGUGCUUCUCUUCAAUCAGAAAAAGAGACCCAGGCAGCCCCUCACCUCAAAUCCUAUUAAGAACGAGCCUGGUUCCAGUUCUGUGACUCAUGACUUUUCUUCAUCGCUGGGCUGGGAAGCUGUAAACCCAGAAGUCGAUGAACUACAGAAAGCAGCAAACAGUGGCAGAGCAGACGAUCACGUGGCUCCUUCCCCUAUGAAAUCACCAAAUGCAUCAAAGCCUAAUUUAGUCAAAGCUGGAGGAAACUUGUAUGCCUACAGGGCAGAACAGAAGACUCCCAGUACUAAAAUUUGGAACAGAAAUGACUGUACCCCUGCAAGUAACAGAACAAGUUCAAUAUCUGAUAGUGGAACUACUCAAAAGUUUGAGAAUCGUUCAAAUAAUUGGAAACCUGUUCAGCAGCAGAAAAUACCUGAUAGCUCUCAUUCAUCUCAUCAUAUCAAAACAACAGAAACCAGCCAAACGCGUUCCACUAAAGAACAGCGGCCAGUGAAACUUAACACUACAUCAAGAAAUCUGCAGGAUUAUGGUCUGGCAUAUAAAUUGAACUGCAAUAGUCAGCAAAAUAGCAUGAAUGAAAAGCAGUCUGAUUGUGUUCCAGAAGACAAAAGUCAGGAUAUUUCUUUAUUUCAAUUAAAACUUAAAGAAAAAAGGAAUUCUUUGCGAAUCAUAUCUGCAGUCAUUGAAAGCAUGAAGCACUGGAGCCAAUACACUUACAAAACUCCACUAUUAUUUGAAGUUUUAGGCACACUUGAUUCUGCAGUCACAUCUGGAGCAUACGGAGCCAAGAAUUUUCUUUUGAGAGAUGGAAAGGAGAGCCUGCCUUGUGUUUUUUAUGAAAUUGACACCAUCAGCUGAGAUCUCACCAGUUAACUCACAGCCACUGCAAGGCAGUUCACAGUCAAGUCCACAUGCAUCAAUUCAGCCGUAAGUCACUUUUAAUAUCUACUUUUUUAUCUUCUGCCCUGACAAAGAGUUCCAGUCUCACCCUCUUCUUCUCUCAUCUUUAUUUCACUGGUGUCCUACAGUCAGAUGGCAACUGGCAGUUCUCCUCUGGCAGGUUUGCCAGUCAACACAGUACCUCUGGGCUGUGCUCUUGCUCCUCUGCAGACCUGAAGGUUAAUACAAUGUUGUUUCCCUCCUUUUUAAAAAAGUUGAUACCUGAAUUUGUCAAUUUCUAAAUAGAGUAACUUUAAUUAUCAGGAAAGAGUUAUUAUUAGGAAGGAGGGUUCCUCUUUUUUAUGGAAAACAGAGCAUUUAUUCUAAAAAGUUGCAAAUUGGUGGUGGUAAUAAUACUAAACGUGUCACUGCUACUCAGGGAAAAGCAGCAUUUGCUACUAUUUAAAAAUAUAAUUAACUACAACUUUUUGUCAUUGCUCAGGUUUAUUUAUUUCAUUAAGCUCCUGAAAUACUGUUCAAGUAUUUAAACCAAUCACAAUGCAUUUUCCUGUUCAUUUUAACCCAAACCAAAGUGAUGCAGUUCUCUCAAGUAUGUGCAGAGGGCACCAAUGUACAACCAUCUCAAAUACCAUGCACAGAAAAUGGCUAUUUCCAUUUCCACUUCUUUCCCCAAUAUUGCUGAGUUUUCAGUGCAGGAAACAAAUAACUGAACCAUUUUCUGUACUGUGAGGCAGUGAAAACUUGGUUAAACUGAAGUGUAUCCUACCAUUCUUAUGUUUAAACUGAAAAUAGCUUGGGAUCAAAAUCUAGAGAUGGUCCACAAAUAUUACAGAGAUCAAAAAGAGCCAUGGAGAGCAGAUUGUUUUGUUUUAUUGUAUUUGUUAAAGUGCUUAAAUGAUGUGCAAUAAUAGUAGUAAUGGUUAGCAGUAGUAAAAUACGCUGUGCAUGAAUAUCUUGCUGAAAUUACCUGCUUUAAGAAGAUUAUUUGGUUUUAGAAAUUCAAAUUGCAUAUUUUAGGAGUAUAUUACAUUCCUGACUCUUGUGACUAUGAUGGAUUAAUUGCAAGAGUGUGGGAUAUCUCAGGCAAUCAUGAGAAUUAAGGCUGAAUUGUAGGCCAGCAAGAGUGUUCUUCCAGACCUAUUACAGAUUACUUUACAGUCUUAUCUAUUCUUGGAACAUUUUUUUAUUGACAAAGUUUAAUCUACCAAAGCAGUUUCUCACUCAUCUCAUCAAGAAGUUUCCUCUCACAUAUAAUCCAUUUUCUCUCUCCUUAAAGCUGGCAGUUCUUCUUACACACACUCAAUUGACUUUGAAUAACAUUUCCUUGAGCUUAUACAAUGUUCUCUAAUCAUUUUAUUAGCUCCUCUUAAGCUUUUCCUUACGUUUAUUUGAUUUUACUAAUAUGAUUUUAAAUGAGAAAGCAGAUGCUGAUUCAAAGCCACAGACACCCUAAAUACAGAGCUAGAAAUACAGCUAAUAUCUGAGCAGUGCUGAGAAAAACCUUUAACCAGAACUCAGCCAGAAAUCUUCAAAAACAUCAUCUCUUUUCCUACUGCAUUGGUUAGACUACACUUCAUAAUUUCCAGCAUUCUUCCUAAGCAAGUGUUUUUGUAGCAUGCCUGAAGGGUCACUACAUAUAGGAUAUUUUGCAAGUUCCCCUGUAUGAAAAGGAGAUACAUAUAAGUCUCUUCCAACAAGGAAGCCUAAAGACAAUGCUAAAUAAGAUCCAAGGUCACAGCUAUUGUUCUCUGUGAUAACAGCUGCACCUAAGUGUGCAAACAGAACAGGGCAAGGAGGAGUAAAUUUGAUUAAAAAACUGAUAUAUGUCUAAAAUCAGCAGGCACCAUUUCAAAUGUCAUUUAGGUACAAAUAACAUGGUGAGGGAAAUGACUUGCCAAAGAUAAAACUGAAGCAGACAAAAUCCUAUUGGUAUGGAAACGAAUCAUUUUGGAGAGUGAGACAAACAGGACCCUCAUUACAUACCCUUCUCCUUUAUGGAACUAGCAGGUGCAGGUGAGGUUCCCAUAAUUCAAACUCUUGAAAGCAGCCCCAGCAAUUAUUCCUUCCAAAGAAAGCAAAAUGGAGAGCUGGGAAAAGGGAUAAUAGCAUUCAUACACGUGGUAUGAAAAUCAAGCUAUCUUUCCCUGAACAAAGAACUGGAAGUGGUAACAAGGAUACAACCACCUCAACAUAUUGCAGUUCAGCUCUUCUCCUUUUAUAAGAAUUAUUCUUUCGGCUUCAUUUCAGUCAAACAUGUUGUGAAGAGCACGCAUCAGUCCCAGACUGUUGCCAGAUAUGCAGAAGAUUGUAUCAGUUGCUUUUCUGUCUGUUUUUUUUUUUUUUUUUCCCUAAAUGGUACAACUCACAAGUUAGCACUUAAUGGCUAUAAAAUGAAUGUGGAUAUAAAGAAAGCUAUGUAGCUUGUGAAAACCUUGUCUUAGCCAACAAAGGAAAUGUACCAGUUUGUACAAUGUCUCAGACUGUUUAAUUAAAUGCUGAGUAUGUGACUACAACUCAGCAGCCAAGGCAUUGCAUUAGCUACAGUAACCUGUGUUUCUAUAUAGGUAUAUAUACACCAAACUACUGGGAGAUAUGCAUGUGGAAAAAGCUGGACAAUGUUACUACAGUUUAUCUGGAUUCAGCUGAGGUAGAAUAGGAAGGAAGAGGUUAUUUUAAAUAAAGCUAACACUGAAAUGAGUGCCCACACACCUUUUUGCACACAUCUCAUUAGUAUUGCUCAAAUACCCUGCUCCCAUUUUGUUGGCACAGCCUCCUCAUUCAGACAGGUCCUUAGUGCACAAAUAGCCUGUUCCAGAAAUGUCUAGCAAUUGUGCAGACAGCUAAAUCUACCCCACAUUUUAACUGAAAAAAGUGGAAUUCAACUACCAAGACUUCAGAAAAGAAAUUCUCUGAAGGCUGCACAGGGGUAAUUGGGCUUGGUAAUUGCUGCAUUAGCUACAAGUUUAUUGAGGGCCACAAAAGGAAAUGCCAUCUUGGUGACCUUUGAGGUUGCAUUUCACAGCAUGUUUUCUACAUGAGAACAAAUGAUGAUACUUCACUAUUUCUGCCAAGCGAGUGGUAGCUAUGGGGAAGAUUUAUGGUUGUAAUCUGGUAAUCUAUGGGCCUAAUCAUGCAGUUAUAGAGUUGCGUGUCAUUUACUUGGAAAGGCUGAAAUGAUCUGGCACUGUGUGGACUACAGUGAAGGAGUGCAUUUUGUCACCUGCAAGGUUAGAAGAUAUACAGCCUAUUUAGUGGCCUGUAAAAGGGGGAGACAAGAGCAAAUGUUUCUCAGGGUAGCAGACUGUUAAACAAAAUCUUAAAAGACUCAGGGAUUGAAGAAUUGGGGACUACCAGAUGCACUCUUAUUUGGAAGCCAUUACAAUUUUUCACUAUUUUAUUGCUUCAAUAAUUGUAUAUAUUUUCUAUUUAUUUUAUUGGAAAUUGUGUAAGUCAUGCUCACUCCAUCUUUUCUUCAACACCAAACAUAGAGGCAGAACAGCAAAAUAAUAUUAAAUAAGUGCUGGAUCCUUUAGAUGACAGCAGCACAUUCAGAAUGUAUUGUACAUCAAAGUGCCUGUAUUCCCUUCUCUCUGUUACAUUUUAUUCAACAAUUAAAAAGCGCUAAUAAAAAUGCAGAUUUCAAUUGCUCUAUUUUAGGUAAACAUAAUAUGGUACGCAUUUUCUAAGCAAUGCACAUUGGUUAGCUGCUCGGUUCCUGUUCUACUAAUAGAAAUAAAGGUGGCAAAUGCCUUGCUUUUUUUCUUAAUUAACCUAUCCCUGCCAGAACUAGCAUGCUCUCCAGCACAGAUAGGGAAUGUAAUUGAUAACUGAAAAUUUAAUUAAUGCUUCUUGUUGUGAUCCUUUGGCUAAGAACAAAUGCAGCUUCAACUCACCAUGCAAUAUGUUCCCUAGCAAGAGCAGUAUUAGCCUGAGUCUUAGCAGUGAAGGAGCUGACAUGUCUCCUUGCAGCAUUAUUGUGUCUGCAGAGGAGCCAGCCUACUUGGAAAGGAGAGAUUCUGCCCAGCCUACAGUAGGUCUUUGCUCUUGCUCUGGCUGUCAAUUCCAAGUUCUUAAAUAGCUAUUUAGAGCAGGGGGUGAGGUCCAAAAGACAGGCAGUGAUGUGUAGAUCGCCUGAGAUGUCACGAUUUGACAUGACACAUUUGCUCCCUUCCCUUCCCAACCUGCUCACCUCACGUGUCUGUUUUAAAUCACGUUUUUCACCCCUUCCAGGACUCUCAGACACUCAUGAAAACAGAUUCCUAAUGAAGCUGCUAGCCAUUAAAUACUAGCCUUACAUCAGAGGUGACCUUAUUUUAAAGGCGUUUUACAGUGAAUUUAUUUUAACUUUGCACAUUCUGUAUCUUGUCUCCCGCAUUGCUGAGACGUGCUGUGCAGAGCUGAGUCAGGCUAAUGCCUGAGAGCAAUGCCCACGUCUCACAUCGUUACAGUCGCACUUCACAUCCCAACAGUCUUCAAGCCUCAGGGAUAUUGCAUUCAUUACCUCUUUCAGAGACAGGUAUUUUACAUAAAUGGCUGAAAGGUGAUUAGAAUCCCUGACAGAACAGCAUUUUAUCUGGGAUGCAACCAUGAAAAAUACAUGCUUAAAACAAAAAAGGCAUCCUACAUGCUUCUUCUAAUUGAUUUAUGCAACAAUGACCAGCUUCCAUUUCCCCAGGACACAAGAAUUACCAGGAAGACACAAAUUACAUGUUUUCAUAUCUUCUAACAAAAACUCUUUGACAGGGGGUUGAAACCAGAGUUCUCUGUUUCUCAGACACUCCAGUCCUGUGAAUGUCAGCACUCAGCAGAUACACACGUACUGCCACCUGAUCAUAAAGAACAGUUCUGUAACAGCUCUCAUUUCACGCUACUGAUUCCAGUGCACCACCAAUCAGCAAUGCCACAAGUAAUGCUGGGAAUAAUUGUCUUCUCCAGAGCUCCCCUCUUUUUACAGCCCAGGUGUCACACAGCUGUACCCAUAUGAUUGGACACAUCCUACUGAAGUUGGUUAUAGCUGCACCUCCAGCUUUGAACACUACCUGUGUGCUUGGAAGCUUUUUAAUUCUGCAAACUGGAAAAGUGCCACUUGUACCCAAGCAGUGGUUUUCCUAGCCUUUAAAAAUGUUGUAAAAAGAAUCAGCUGUAGCUUAACCCUAGGUACUCUGUAGGUAGGAAAUGAGAGCGCAACUGCUAAUUCACUGAAAGCUGCCAGCUCAUCCCAGCCUGAUCCUCAGACAAGCCUGGCAGUGUGUUGCACUCUGACCUGUCCUCCCUUCAGUCAGUGGGCCUUUAGGUUAGAAAAUUAAUGGAAAAAUCCACAGUACAAAGGCUGAAAAUUACUAGCUAAACAAAGCUGAUUUGGGAUAUCUGAUCAUCUUUAUCAGGUAGGCUCUGUUCCACAAUUUCCCAUCUUCAAUUAUAACAAAAGGACUCAUGCUUCCUCCUUCAUUAAUGUGUUUGAAGGAUUUAAUGAGUUACUUCAUCAGGUUAAUAAAUCCCUUCAAUAACUUUAUUACCCUUUGAUACAAUUAUUCAAGUGGUGCAGCUAACAAAUGAUUACCAUUUACAUUUUUUGACAGAAUAACUUUGUUAAUGUAUUUGGACUGUGAAAUGCAAAAUCCAUAAAUAAUCUAUGGGGACGACUGAACAUCUUUAUCUUUGUAGGGAGACAUUUUUUCUAUCUCUGCUUAAGAUAGCAUUGAAAAUCCUCUCUCUUUUGCAAGUGACUUCAGGCACAUGCUACGAAGGACUGCGGGAGGCUCCUGGCAGCACUCUGCAUCCCACCAAGUGCUUAGGAAGGAGGUGAACUGCUGCAGAACUUGUACCACUGCCUACAAGCAGAUCUCUUAAAAUCAGAGGGGACGUAACCUGUGUUUAUUUAUUUUUAACACUUUAUCAUGUUUAAAAUCCAGCUUCAUAAAGGCUGUUCCAUUUCUUAAGGUUAAGGUCUUCAGACAGCGUUUAUAAGGUGCAGUGACACCAUCAGAAAAUAAUAUCAUAUUCUGGAAAUUGUUUGAAAACUAAAUUAAAUUGGUUGCCACAAAUUUGUUUCUCCUGUGGCAUCAUAGUAAAUGAUGGCAUCAAGAGAAUAACCUAAGGGGCAAGGAUGUUUUCAGAAUCUUGAACCUCUGAAUGGCCAGCAGUAUUGCAUCUUCCUAUUACCAGAGUAAUAAUAUUUAUGGUGGGUAGACUGCAAGAAUGGAACCAUCCCAUUUAUUUACUCAUACUUGAUAGCCACCCCUGGCAAGAACAAAUUUCCCAUUAAUCACCAUCUUAUCUCUGUUAGAAACAGUUACUCUCAAGGACAUCUGUAUUAUUACCUUUGUUUUCUUAAUAUAGGGAAUAGCUCUGCCAUGGAUCUUUUGACACUGAAAUGUAUUUGUUUUCUAGACUUUGUUUUUUAAAGAGAGAUGAAAUUCUUAAAGAAAACAAGCGUUAUUCUUUCUUAAUAAAUAAACUACUUAAGACUCUGAUCACAGAGAGGGACAUGUGCAUCGGAAAUCUGUCUGAAUAUAUUUAUAUGUAAAGAAGCAGCAAAUCAGUCUCUUUCUUCUUUUUUAUCUGCUGCAA